GCGUUGUACUGUACAUAAUAAUAUUAUUGUACUUAACAUCAGAACGGUAGUACUGUACAAUAGCACCCACUAAAUAUAUAUAGCCUACACCUUUCCACCUCCUUUCCUCCUUCGUUACCUUUCCUCACUUCACCACCCCACACCAAGAUUACAAAAAAAAAGAUAAAAAUGUCCAUCACGCUCUACACAAGCCGUAUCUGCCCCUGGGCUCACCGUGCACACAUAGCAUUGGCAGAGCUCGGGCUAGACUUCAAAGAGGUCACGAUUGAUCUGAUGAAGCCGAGGGAGCCAUGGUACCUUGAGAUCAACCCCAGGGGGCUAGUCCCGUCGCUCAAAUACAAUGACGAAAUAAUCACCGAAUCCUCUAUUGUCGCUACUUUCCUCGCGGAAUUGAAAGAGAACCACUUAGUCCCCUUCCCGGGCACUCCGGAGGCUGCUCUAAAGCGGGCCAAAAUCAACUUCUUCGUGGACACCUACUUUACCAAAGCUCAACCGCUAAUCCAAUCCGCCCUCGUCACAACCGACAUGGCGGCAAAGGCCCGGUACGCAAACGAGUGCGUCGACGUUAUCGAGAAGCAAUUGGCGCCGUUGCUGGCGGACGCUAAGCCCUUCUUUGGCGGGAGCUCCAGGCUCACGCUUGCGGAGGUGCUUACUGCUUCGUUCGUCGUUAGAUUGUAUACAUACGCGAAGCCUGGGGUUGACUUUUUCCCCCAGGAGGCGAUAGAGAUGAUCAGGAAGAUUGGGAAUUGGCAAAAGUGGGCGGACGCCUUGCUCGCUCAUGAGAGUGUUAUGGCGAUUUAUGUGGAGGAGGACGUGGUUCGCGCCCUUAAGAUAAAGUUGGCACAAAUGGCGGCGGCGGCGGCGCAGAAGUAAAGGAUGGACUAUGUGAUUUUGGAGGUAUUGGGAAUAGAAUCUAACUUAGGACAGAAAUUGAAAAUUUCAGUUGACAUAAG